AGCAGGUGUAGCCACCCACCCAGAAACCAGACACCAUGUGCGACGAAGACGAGACCACCGCCCUUGUGUGCGACAAUGGCUCGGGCUUGGUGAAGGCCGGCUUUGCCGGGGAUGACGCCCCCAGGGCAGUGUUCCCGUCCAUCGUGGGCCGCCCUCGACACCAGGGCGUCAUGGUGGGCAUGGGUCAGAAGGACUCCUACGUGGGCGACGAGGCCCAGAGCAAGAGAGGCAUCCUGACCCUGAAGUACCCCAUCGAGCACGGCAUCAUCACCAACUGGGACGACAUGGAGAAGAUCUGGCACCACACCUUCUACAAUGAGCUGCGCGUGGCCCCCGAGGAGCACCCGACCCUGCUCACCGAGGCCCCCCUGAACCCCAAGGCCAACCGCGAGAAGAUGACGCAGAUCAUGUUCGAGACCUUCAACGUGCCCGCCAUGUACGUGGCCAUCCAGGCCGUGCUGUCGCUCUACGCCUCCGGCCGUACCACCGGGAUCGUGCUGGACUCCGGCGACGGCGUCACCCACAACGUGCCCAUCUACGAGGGCUACGCCCUGCCUCACGCCAUCAUGCGCCUGGACUUGGCCGGCCGCGACCUCACGGACUAUCUGAUGAAGAUCCUCACCGAGCGUGGCUACUCCUUCGUGACCACGGCUGAGCGCGAGAUCGUGCGCGACAUCAAGGAGAAGCUGUGCUACGUGGCCCUGGACUUCGAGAACGAGAUGGCCACCGCCGCCUCCUCCUCCUCCCUGGAGAAGAGCUACGAGCUGCCCGACGGUCAGGUCAUCACCAUCGGCAACGAGCGCUUCCGCUGCCCGGAGACGCUCUUCCAGCCCUCCUUCAUCGGCAUGGAGUCGGCGGGGAUCCACGAGACCACCUACAACAGCAUCAUGAAGUGCGACAUCGACAUCAGGAAGGACCUGUACGCCAACAACGUCAUGUCAGGGGGCACCACCAUGUACCCCGGCAUCGCUGACCGCAUGCAGAAGGAGAUCACGGCUCUGGCCCCCAGCACCAUGAAGAUCAAGAUCAUCGCCCCCCCUGAGCGGAAGUACUCCGUGUGGAUCGGCGGCUCCAUCCUGGCCUCGCUGUCCACCUUCCAGCAGAUGUGGAUCACCAAGCAGGAGUACGACGAGGCCGGGCCCUCCAUCGUGCACCGCAAAUGCUUCUAGGCGCGCCGGCUCCGCGUGCGCCCUCUCCUCAGGACGACAGGUGCUCGGCCACCGCUCCUGCGCCGCCCCGGGCCCGCACCUGUUUCUAACGUGUACAGACCUUGACCCGGUUUACCUCAUUUUGUUAUUUUUAAAACAAAGCCCUGUGGAAGGAAGUGGGAAACUUGAAGCAUUAAAGCCAUCCGUUCUGUU